AUGGGGAUGGAUUUUGAUGAUGAACAACUCAUGAGGUUUCUUCUCAAAUUUGUUACUAGUAUGCCUAUUCAAUGCGACCAAAUUCGACUUGUAGAUUUGUAUGGCAACAAGAAGCCAUCUCAGUUAUUCGAUACCACUUCUACUAAUCAUCAUCAUUAUGUCUUCACUCAGUUAAAGAAAAUAAAAGGGAAUGGUAAGAACUUCAACAGGGGAAUUGUUGGCGGCGGUGGCUCAUGGAAAGGAGUCGACACGAGUAAACCAGUGUACGACAAGAAAGGAUUAGUGAUUGGGUUCAAGAAAACGUUCCGUUUUGAUGAAAAAAAGCAUGUGUGGAUUAUGAAAGAAUAUCGUCCUAGUGAUAGUAUACUAAAGGCCUUGAGACUUCGUGGUCAAAUUCGACAUGAGGAGGAAUUUUCUGUAUGUCGCAUUACCAGGAGUGCCAAUUCGGAUCGCAAUGGAGAGAAUUUACUUGCCAGUUGUGUCCCAAUAUCUUCAUCACAAUUUCAAGAAACUGUGAAAUCCGAAAAUCAAGAUUUGGGACGAUCCAGUGCUGCUAAUGUAAUUUCGAAUGGGAACAUCAGCCCAGUUUGCUUAGUCUUAAAAGAAUCAAAUGUGCCUGCUGCAAAAGAAGAAGAAGAAUGCUCUGUUCCUGUGGUUCAUCAAGAAACUGCCUCUGUUAGUUUACUCGCAAAAGAAUCAAAUGUGACUGCUGCAAAAGACGAAGAAUGCUCUGUUCGUCCGGAUUAUGACAUUGCUACUUACCACCAAGAACUUGAUGCGUAUGCUGCCUCUGUACUCGAAACAAUGAUUCCUUACAUUCCGGAACCACAAGAAGAUGAAGCUGAUUCUAUCCCACUUUUCUGCGAAGAUUUUUAUAUUGGUUAUACAGAUCUCUGGAGUUAA